UUAUUUUUCUAAAAAAUUAAAAAUAAAUAACAAUUAAUUCUCAUUUUCAUUUUUCAAUCAAAAAAAAUAUUAUUAUUCUAUAUUGAGAUAAACUCUGCUAGAAUAGAAGAAUCCAUUGAGGAUAGCAGAAUUUUUAUUUUUCAUUUUUUUUUUGUAUUAAAUUAUUCCCUUAAAGGGUUAAACAAUUGAUGGGAAACGUCGGAAGCAAUAGCGUUGGUCGUCGGAGGAAUCGUAACAAUUCAACUCCGGCGAAUCAACACUCUCCACCACCUCCUCCUCCUCCGCCGCCGCCGGAAACUACUGGGAAUAGAUAUGUUUUCGCUGCUGCCACUCCUUACCCAUCUCAAUACCCAAACCCUAAUCCACCGCCUUACUAUCACCACCACCCGAUUUACUACCAGCCACCGCCUGUUCCGUCUCUGUUUCGCGGUGGCGGGAUGUACCCGGGUCCGGGCCCUGUUAAUGGUAACUGGGUCGGGCCUCAGUACCCUUACGGAGCCCCGGUUCCUCAUCCGGGUGCUGGUCCAUAUAUGGAUCAUCAGAAAGCUGUUACUAUAAGGAAUGAUGUCAAUGUGAAGAAGGAGACUCUAAAGGUCGAGCCUGAUGAGGAGAAUCCGGGAAAGUUUCUAGUUGCUUUCACUUUUGAUGCCACAGCUCCUGGAAGCAUUACAGUUAUGUUUUUCGCUAAAGAAGAUCUAGAUUGCAACCUCGAGGUUACAAAGGAAAGCUUGCUUAAACCAGUCACUGUGCCUUUUGAGCAAGGCCUUGGUCAGAAGUUUAGACAACCUGCUGGAACUGGAAUUGACUUCUCAAUGUUUGAUGAGUCUGAGUUGAUUAAGGGGAAUGAUACCGAGAUCUAUCCUCUUGUUGUGAGGGCUGAAGCAUGCCCAUUAAACCAGAAUGAGCAAGAAUCUGAUGCAAGUUCAGCUGGAAAUUCUCAGAUCACUCAGGCAGUGUUUGAAAAAGACAAAGGUGUAUACCAGGUGCGGGUGAUGAAGCAGAUUUUGUGGGUGAAUAAGAUGAGAUACGAGCUGCAAGAGAUCUAUGGAAUUGGGAAUACAGUUGAUGAUGGUGAUUUUGAUGGGAAUGAUUCUGGAAAAGAAUGUGUGAUUUGCUUGUCAGAACCCCGAGACACAACCGUUCUUCCUUGUCGCCACAUGUGCAUGUGUAGCGGCUGUGCUAAGGUUCUGAGGUUCCAGACAGACCGAUGUCCCAUCUGCAGGCAACCAGUCGAGCGACUCCUGGAAAUCAAAGUAAACAAUGGUCCAGAUGGGUGAGGCCCGAGUAUGAUCUGCUAUCAAUUGAAUUCUGUAAAGUAACUAUAGAUUUUUCUUUACCUUUUAAAACUCUCCUUUCACAGUAAUAACAAACAGGCAGUCCCGGAUUCAGGCACAGUAUAGAGACAUUAUUUCAGUGCAAUUAAUAUAUCGAACUCUUUGUUUUUGUAAAUGGUUCUCGCUCUCUCUCGUCCUGUUCUCGACUUGAUUAUCUGCAGCUCUUUGAGAUUGAUGAUAAAGCGACCGAAAGAUGAUGUAUUCAUUCCUACAAAGGCUAAGGCUAAAACACUCUGAUGCUUUGAAUUUUCGAAGUUUUCUUUCGGGCGUCGGUUGAGGUCUCAUGCUCUAAAAGAAGAAAGGGAAACAUGGAUUUGUUGUGUAGAAAUUAGAAUUUUCUCAGCUUUGUGCUUCUUUAGUUGUCUCUGGAUUUGGUUUUCUCCCUUAAUCUCUCAAUUCUCAUCUAGAGACUAUCAAUGAAAAAAGAGAAGAAAAUAAUGCAUUUUUCAGUUGAAUAAAAAGUCGUUUUUUACAGUUA